AUGACGUCAUAAAAGACGUGUCAGUGGAAGGAGUAGACAGGAUUGUAGAGGAGCAUGUUGAAAAAUGUCCGAUUACUUUAAUUUAUUGUACGGCGUGAAUAGUAGUAAACAGAAGGAUUUGUGUUGACGCGCGUGUGAUCGUUAGAUCGGCAUCGAUAUACGAUUAUCAUCGAGCCAGGAAGUAUCACGUGGACGAAAAGGAAAUUAGUUUUCGACUAGUCAGACACGCCGACCGAAAUAUCUUCGAAAAAUAAAAGUGGUGGACGGUGUUGUUUUGUUCCUGUAAGUUUUAUCUGAACGAGAUUUUUUUGUACGUAUAAUUUUGUAAAUUACCGGAAGAUCGAAAAUAAAUCGAAGAGCUCAAGAAUUCAAAUAUAAGAGAUUUCGGAGGAGCUGAGCAACGAUGGAAGCUGCUAGACAGGAAUGAUAGAAUGCAAGAGGGUAGCACCGCCGUGGCGCUAGCAAUGGUGACUCCUGGCUACGAUCAGGACCCUGCAAGUGGGGUUGCCGAUUACACAACUCAUCAAGAUCAAGCUCAAUUUGAAGCAGACAAGAGGGCAGUGUACAAACAUCCCCUCUUUCCAUUGCUCGCGUUACUUUUCGAAAGAUGCGAACAAGCUACUCAGAGCUCGGACAAUUCAACGUCCGAAAGUUUCAACAUGGACAUACAGGCCUUCGUCCAACACCAAGAAAGAGACCGAAAGCCAUUUCUGAUCAAUGACCCCGAAAUUGACGGUUUAAUGAUCAAGGCGAUACAGGUGCUACGAAUUCAUCUACUCGAACUGGAAAAGGUGCAGGAACUGUGCAAGGACUUUUGCAACAGAUACAUCACAUGCCUGAAGGGCAAGAUGCAAAGCGAGAAUCUGCUACGCAGCGAUUACAGUCACCAUGGACACGACAUGGGUCCAUCGAGUGGCAGCAACGGGAGCAGUCCUUUGCAGGUGCUGUCUUCUACAGGCAAUGAUGUUGAGUCGGGAGCUAACGGAUUCAGAGUGAGCAGAGGUGAUAUCCUGUCGGAGAACGGUGGUGCGAGUCAGUUGGCUGCGCAAGAGGAAACCGGUAACGACAGGCCGUCGUCGGUGCGAUCAUCUUCCACUGCUCAACGCUCGAACAGAUCCUCCAGUCAAGACCAUGACGAUCCUCUAUCACCUUCCACGGUGCAUGGAAGUACACCCCUUUCGCAGAUCGGUGCUCAUUCCUGUGCGCCAGUCAACGAUAUGUAUCUUGGUCAAGAUGAUAUGGACUAUGUGAAUAUUGGCGACAGAAUAUAUUUAGAAGAGGCUGGCUAUUGGGGCCUUCUUGCUUUACAAGAGCGUGAAAAUGAAUACGUCGAUGUCGGAGAUGCGAAUGAUGAAAAGUAUUUUGAUAUCACUGUGGCGGGUUCUCCUUCACCUGCACCAAGCGAAGACGAAGACGAAGUAUGUGGCACUGGUACUGCUACUUCCAAUCACAGUAGUAGUCAUGGAGGUAAUCAUAGUAGCGUUAAAAAAGGAAGACAAAAACGAGGUGUCUUACCUAAACAAGCUACGAGCAUUAUGCGAACUUGGCUUUUUGAACAUUUAGUUCACCCAUAUCCCACGGAGGAUGAGAAACGUCAAAUUGCAAGUCAAACGAACUUAACGUUAUUACAAGUUAACAACUGGUUCAUCAAUGCUCGUCGACGAAUUCUUCAGCCAAUGCUCGAUGGUGCCGGGGCAGAUUCGGUGCAACGUGCUGGAAAACGUCACAAAGUGUCAAAGCACGUGGUACAACAUCAACACGUACAACAACAGCAAGGAGGCGGCUGGCAAUCUGAAGACUCUGGGAGCGAUUCAGGCUCCAGCGACGGUGAGGGAGGUGCCGAUAGAUCGAAAGAUGGUAAUGAUAGCGAUGAAGAUGAUCUUCACUGACCUCUGUCGAUCAUCGAAACAUCAACCUCUUUACGGUACCUUCAAAUCCAGUUGCUCAUUACAGUAUUAAGGUAUUCGAGAAUAGAUUUCGCUUUAACUGUCAAAUACGUAAUUAUUCUCGCGAAAAUCAAGGGUAUUAUUGGUCGAGGUUAUCACGCUCUCUUAUCGGAUCCGAUAGUUUUGAUCUCCUUUUCUAUCCAUGGAGCAUCUUAGCGUUUUUAAGCGUCAUUAUUCAUAUUAUUAACUACGGUCCGAGAAAGAUUGAAAAGAAAUAUUGUAUAAUUCGAUUAUGAAAUAUGUUCUCUUCUUUUUUCCUUUUCUUUUUCUCCCACAUAUAUUGUCCGUAAGAACAAUAUGAUCAUGAUAUGAAAGAGAUUCAUUAAUCGAUUUAGAAGGCAAAUUUUGAAUAUAACGAAACUUAGGAUUGUUAUUUAAUCAGUUUUAUUGAGUCGUUGAUAAAUAAGCUACAUUGUAGCAGUUUUUCCCCUAAAAUAGUUUUUUGUUUCUCGCGAUUGUUUCUUCUUAACGAUUGUUAAUUUGCAUAAUAUAGUUUAGGAUAACGAAUGAAAAUACUACAUGUGUAGUAUAAGUUAUCAUUUGUAUCAUUUAUUAAACUAUAGAUCUACAAUAUUUGUUGAACAUCGUUUAAUUAAUUAAAGCGUGGUUCUUAUAUCAAUAAUUUGUAGGAACAACAAAUUAUUUUUCGAAAAGAACAUAAAUAUUUACGCUAUGAGAGAUCGUUAGAGGUCGUAACAAAUAUAUUUGCCUGUAAUAUGUACAUUCUUUUCUAUGGUGUAGAGUAUGAACAAAUGUUUCACUCAUUUAAUGAUAAAAAAAAAAAAAAAAAGUUAAAUCUAAGGUGACAACAAAAAACUCAACGUUAAUGUUUAUAUAUUUUUAUAUCAAGACUUUAUUUCUUUCGAAAUGCGUUUUCUUGACUUUACAGCAAACGUCUUUCAAUGUUUAACAAUAAUAAAAAAAAAACUGAACAAGAGCAGUACAUGAUUACAAACCAUAAUUUCUACAAAAAAAAAAAAAGAAAAUAACAAUUUUUAUUAAUUACAUUUAUUUUAUAAAUUCUGGACGGAUUUAUGAACGGAAGACUAAUAGUAUUUUAAGUAAAAAAUAAAGAUCAUCGUCUGACUAUUUAUUGGUUCAACGAGCCUCAUACAGUUAACUUAACUUUUGAAUAGUUCUGACAGAAAUAAAAAUAUUUCUGUAUAUACUUAGUACUUUCUAUAGCGUUAUCGAAAUCGUCCAUAUGAGACUAUGUAUAAUAUAGAAAUCUUAAUAACGACAAUGAACGGUCGUUCUCAACCCUUCCUAAUUAAAAUAAACUAUGAUGAUAUUGUGCUACUACAUUAAAAUAGACGAGAUAUGUUUUUGUGAUCGAUCGCCAACUAUCAAAAAAGGAAAGAAAAAUCUAACUCUCAAAAAAUCAUGAUAAUUAAUAGAUGAUUAUGAUGAUCGGUCAAUAAGAUGGUAACAAUCUCAGUCUUGUACUCUUCGUGCCAUUAAAGAGCGUGGUAACUUCCGCGUUUAGUCUUUGUUCAGCUCUGCAGUGUCGUGACAUAGCGAAGUGCUAUCCCUCCAAGAUAAUAAUAAUAAUAAUAAUAAUAAUAAUAAUAAUAAUAAUAAUAAUAAUAAUAACAAUAAUAUUAUUAUUAAUAAUAAUACUAUUACGACUAAUAACGAUAACAACAACAAUGAUAAUAUAAUGCUACUUUAAAUAUAUGAUGAUUAUAUUUUUAAACUCUAAGUGUCGUCUUUAAAAAAAUGCGUGUAUCGCAGUUGAACAAAUGUGGUACUGCUGUACAUAUACAAUAUACAAGGACUAUUAGAAAUAAAGGAAAAUAACAUUAGUGCGAUUGUCCAAGAAGAAAACAAGAGGAAAAAAUGAAGAAGAAUAUGAUUAAUAAUAACACUCUCGUAACAACAGAGAAAAAAAAGUCUAAAGCUCCUCGACACAUGCCAUCUUAGGGAUGUAAGUGUUCAUACAUUCGCUGUCUGCAUAUGAUUGGUUGCGUUUUACUGACAGUGUCCUCCAGAUCGCGAGUGCUGAAUACUUAGCAAGAUGUAAUUUUUAAUUAAAAAAUCAAUGGAAAUUGUUUUAAAUUUCAUGAUAAUUAAUCAUGUAUAUAUAUAUAUGCUCUUCCUAUAACUUGUCUUCGAUUGUUCUUUAAUUAUUUCCAAGCGUUCCGUCCAUCACAUUCUCAACAUUGUUCAAAUAUGCUUCUCAGAUCUUUGACUGCCUUCGAAGUGCUAUUCUAAAAAAAGCAAG